AUGACCGUCCCCACAACCACCACCAUGGCCCUCCAGCCCCGACAGCUCUUCGGCGGAGCUAUCACAAUGCCCAUCCCAGUCGGAUACCUGGACGCUAGUGACAUGCGCCAGGUGCCCGACAACCAAGAGGUCUUCCUCUCGCCCGACAGCGACACGUCUAUCAUUAUCGAGAUCCUCGCGCCUGUCGACGAGGGUGGUGCUGACCAGGACCUGUGGGAAGCUGCUACCUUCCACUUUGCCUCUGUCGCACACGACAACGCCGCCCUCUCAUCCACCGUCAUUACCACCCACCCUCCCAUCCCAGCUCAGCAGCAGACUGCCGCGUCCUUUGCGGCGCUGACCAGCCCCGCGCCCGUCGCCCUCGUCGGCACCCAGCGCGUCCACAAGUUCAGCCACGACCCGACCGGCGCGCCCCGCCGCGGACACGAGAGCGACACUCCCGACGAGGUCUGGAUCGCGCUCGCGCUGUACCGCGUCGACGUUGUCGUUGGCGCAAGCAUCAAAAAGGCCGAUGUCGUCGUCACGGCCAACGUCAACGCCUCGGCAGCCGGCGGCGCCGACGAGGUUGUCAAGGUCCAGAAGUGGCUCGACGAGAGUGCCAAGGGCUUUAAGAUUGUCGACUGGGGACUCUUUGGUGACCAGUAG